AUCGUCUCUGAAAGAUAAAACAAAAAAUUUGUUUACUUCUACUGAAAAUAUCACUUAAAAAGUAAGACUAACAGGACCUUACAACAGUCAUCCUUGGCAACCAAGGACUGGAAACACACACAAAAUUGGGAUUCCAACGAUGUUAAAUAAUUUAACAGAAAUAACCACACACAAGAAAUCCAUUACUAUUAUACUUAAAAGAAGAAACUGCCAGUUGUGUUUGACUUUGUGGAAAGCUGAGCAUGCAACGACAUGCCGUUCUGUGAAGUUAAUUACAACAAAUUGAAAACUUCUAAAUCUAAGGGGAAAAAACGAUCAUUUAAGCAAUAUCAACAGUAUAUAUCGAGAUACUUGUUUCGUUUUUUCUAAAAUUAAUACUACAAUAGAUAUGCAUGGAACUCCAUGAAACAAGCAAACAGAAACAGCUUGCCUAAGAAAGCCAUCGUUUGUACAAAAACUUGAAAAUGUCAAGGUUUGCGAAGGGCUGAUUGUUGGCAAUAGAUAUAUGACAUUGCUCAAGUAUCUGGGAUUUGCUGUUUGUUGCCUAUGAUAUGUCCACGUCAAUAGGAAUAUUCAUAAUAAAAUAUAAUGACAUAUCAUCCAACAGCAGAUGGAAAAGCCCCGUCAACACCACACGCAACCCACGAAAUUAUUCAAACCUCACUCGCGCAAACAUUAACAUCAAUCAAGCCAGAAAAAGAAACUCAGUAACAAGCGAGCCAAGCCUUGCCAAGCUUGUCGGUUAAUAAGUCAUUGAUUCUGCUCAAACAAGGAAAAGGUCCAACACAACAGAGGUAGCAUGGGGGCCUUCAAGUUCGCGCUAUGGCUGACUGUUUUGACACAAACCAGUUUACCAGCAACAAGCAACGGAACACAUAACCAAUCGACAACCACUUCUGCACUCCUGACGCCAGGCUUUGUUAGAAGAGCAGCAGCAAUAUUAUCUCCUUCGCCAUUAAACAGCGGGCGCUCUUCGAUCAGAGCAGAGUUAACUUUGAUUAAAACAGAAAAUAUGGUUCAAUUAUCGCCAUUAACUUCGCCAUCCGCUAAAGGAUACGCGUCACCCCAAACAACCACAAGACCACCAAGCAACUACACAUCAUGGCACCCUCAACCCCUUCCCGCCAUCACACAUAGUUUAGAAACUAUCAGUCCCAGACCGAUGACAAUAGCUACAGAAUCGGUUACACCAACGCAGAAAUACCGGGCCCGAGCAUGCCCUAGCGAUUGCCAAUGCGGUAACUGCAGCGAGAUUGGCAUCACGAGCCGAGCCCUUAAAAUGACCUGUACGGUACAGCACCUGAAGGACUUUUUACAAAACCUGGAUGCACUUGUCAAAAGCAAGGCGUGCUAUUUGGACCUCUCCAAUAGUAACAUCUCCUCGCUGUGGACAAACACCUUCAGCGGCUUCGACAGUCUUCUGGAUUUGUAUUUGGAUCACAACAAGUUGACACAUCUUUACCAGGGGAUGUUCCUAGGGUUGCCUUCCCUUCUCCAUCUGAGCGUGCGUGGCAACCCGCUUAAAACAUGGGAAGGAUUUCUUUUUGAAGACAUCCCUCGUCUACGGUCGCUAGCACUUCCUGGAAACACCAAGUUUACGGCUCAAAUCAUGCUUCUUAGAAACACGACUGUUACUUCCGUAAGUGGACUUUCCUUUUCGAAAAAAUGCCGUAAUUGUAACAUGACAAGAGUUAGUAAUGUCACGUUCAAGCGAGUUUUGACUAAUCUGACACCCUGCAAAUACCUACACAAGAAGGACAGACACGUGGCGGAGGACAUGCACGCACGAUUCAUCCUUCUGAGAGGAGAAUGCAGCGGUGGAAAAGUGUGCGAAUGGCAACUCACAAGCACCUCCAGGCUAAAAAGCCUAUACAAGGACCACUGCUGGGAUAUGUUAAUCACACUCCGGCCGAUCACCAUCUUGUUUGGAAUACUGGCGCUCUUGCUUAAUCUUUUCGUUUUCGUUACAACAGUCGGGAUAAAACCUCUUCGAAGGAUGACUCCAUUUUUGCUGAUCGCCCACAUGGCCUUCUGUGAUAUCUUGAUCGGUGUUUACGCGAUAUUUGUUGGAGAUGGUCACAAGGUUAUUCAAGAAGAAGCGCAGGAAUUCCGCUACUGGCGCACGAAUAUUUGCCCUUAUUAUCGAACUCUCUUCGUCCUCGGACAAGUCAUGGAAGUAGCAACGGCGCUACUUGUCACAAGCGAAAGAUACUUCGCUAUCAUCUUCUGCAUGAACCCAAGCAUUCGGGUCACCAAACCCAUCGCUAGCUUAGUCUUGGUGUUCUUUUGGGCUUUCUCGGCGGUGAUGUGCGCUCUUCUUGCUUUAUUUGACGCUAAAGUAAUCACAGACAACACAAUGUGCAUUCUUGUGCGAGACCUGGCCGACCGUGAGACCACCAUCUUCUACAGUCAGAUCCUCUUAUUGAUCCUCGUGGGCCUGUACGUCAUCAUUUUCGCAAUGUAUGUACACAUCUACGUCUACGUGAAAAGAUCGUCUAGAAAUGCGGGCGUUAAACGAAAGGACACUCAGCUUGCAUUUAGAAUAGGGGUUAUGAUACUCACCAGCUUUAUCUUCUUCGUGGUCCCGAACCUGACCAUCAUCAUCGUCACGGUCGGCAACGUGUACUUCCCUGUGAGCCUCGUGACAAACUCAGUCAUUCGGAAAUGGCUACCACCCAUGUGUUUGGUCUUCAACGCGUGCUUGAACCCUUUAAUGUUUGCCUUUAGAAAUGAAAAGUUCACAAAAUCAAUCAAAAUAUGUGGUCAGUACAUUGCUAAGGGGGAAGCUCCAAGCUUUCCGAACUCUAACGCCCCGACCGCGUAUGCCCCAGGAGGGCGUGGCCGCUCCCAUAUCGGACAAAACGCCAUGGAAAUGACCCCCUCGAGGGCAUCACUUACUCCGACACACUUACCAUGCCGCGAUUCCCGUACGAACUCUGAGCUAGACACGAGACGCUACAGCUCAAUGACGAAUUUGUCACUGCCCACGCCCACCUUAGAGCUUUCGCCAAAUGGCAAGUUGAAUGAAGCAUUCGAGAAGGUCGGCUGAACCGCUAGAAGCCUGGUAAGAAAGACUUCUCCGCUUCUCAUUUAAAGACAAUAUGACAGAACCGAGGCCUAUACGAAAUAAGAAACAAAUAGGUAUAAAUAUUUAAAAGAUGUUUAUUCUGAACACCAUAAAGAAAUAAAGAAUGAAAUAAAA